GGCUAUACAAGAGAGAAGGGAGCGUCGCAGAAACACAGCGGAUGACAGAAAGAAAAACAAGCGGGAGUUAAACUGAGAGGGCCUGGUAUUUGGAAAUUGUAUGGCCCCUUUACCCUGCACCAUGAGCUCUGUUCAAGUACCACUUUCCCAAGAAGGUGAAACUCAGAAGCGCACAAACACGGACGCAGAAGAGGCUGAGAGCACCGAGAGAGCCGCGGCCAAAGGAUGUAAAAACAAGCCGUUCAGCCUUCCGUUUAGCGUGGAGUCUCUAAUAUCGGACAGGGUUAGCUCCAGGACUUCAUAUUCCACAUCUGAUUCGGGGCUUAUAUCCCCCUCUGAGGAACGCUCACAACUUUCACCAAUGGCUUUAUACACGGACAGGAAAUUGCCCCUGGAGAGCGUCUCAAACUUAGCUGUGGGGAAGAGAGGAGAGUCGGAGGAGAGGAAUGAGAAGGGACAAGGCGGAUGGUUUCAGACCCCUUCAUACGCGUCUCCACCAAGACACUCGAGUCCGUCUCCGUGCGCACUCCGCAAACACAAGAACAACAGAAAACCCAGAACCCCGUUCACCACCUCGCAGCUGCUGGCUUUAGAGAGGAAGUUCCGCCAGAAGCAGUACCUCUCCAUCGCAGAACGAGCGGAGUUCAAUUCACUCAAUCUAACAGAGACGCAGGUGAAGAUCUGGUUCCAGAACAGGAGAGCGAAAGCAAAGAGACUCCAAGAAGCAGAGUUGGAGAAACUCAAACUCGCGUCAAAGCCUCUGUUACCGGCGUUCGCCUUUCCCUUCCCGCUGGGAGCGCACGUGGGCUCUCCGGGGCUGUACGCCGCCUCGAGCUCGUUCCCGCGACCUUCACUGCCCGUUCCUGGACUUUUCGGAGGACCUGUCACCUAUGGGAUGUAUUAUCUGUCUUAAAUGUUGUUACGUAUAUUUAACUUCAAGACUGCUGUUUUUUUUGCCAGUCAUUAACGGACAAGUAAAAUGUCCAUCUUUCUUUAUAAAGUGAAUUUUUUUUUGGCGUGAGCCUAAACACACUUAAUCACACUGAGAUCGACAAAUAAGAAAUAUAAAAGAAUAUAUACGUUGAAAGCUUUCCGUGGUGCCCUUAAAAUAAACAACCUGUGGCUUAUAAGCCAUACUAUUUUAGCCCUAAACCGAUAUGCCUUAAAAUCAGCAGCAAACUAACUCAUCUGUAUUAAAACUAUAGUCAUAUUUGGAGCAAUCGGUGUUUUAAUGAAAUCAACAUUUCA